UCAGCAGCAAAACAAUGGAUUCCGCGCUCAAGCCGGUCAAACGGCCAGCAGACGAGCCAGCGGAUGGCAUCCACUCACAUUCACAAGGCGAGCCUGCAUCACAGCCACGUAAAAAGUACUAUCGCGCUGAUCUGGACGAGGACAGCGACGACGAGUUCAAGCAGUACCGAAGCGAGAAUCGUCGCGCCAACGCCAACGCCGGCGCCAGGUCGACCCAAGCUCAGUCCCAGACCCAGCCCCAGGCGCAGGAGGGCAAUGCACUCCCAGAGACCGAAGGAGGCGACGAGGACGACGACUAUGUGCCGUAUGUGCCGGUGCGCGAGCGUAUGAAGGAGCAGAUGGCCAAGGUCAUUGGCGUCGACCAUCGCAAGCUCGCCUCUGCUGGAGCAUCAACGUCUGAAGGCAGCUCGGAUGUCAAUGCAGAGGCGAACGCGGCGGCGGCGGCGGCGGCGGCGGCGGCGGCGGGUGAAGGUGGGCCAACGCCAUUCACAUUGGAUCGGUUUGAAGCGCCCGCUCGUCCGACCGUGAGUCUGCUCGAUCAGCACGUCGAACUCCAAAAGCAAGGCGAUGGCGUGGUCGAGUCCGAGUUGGACAAACGCCUACGAGAGGAAGAGGAAAUCUUCAGAAACGUCACUGAAAAGACCGCGCUGAUGGGUGCUGCCGAAAUCGCAAAGGGUGUCGUGUACACGGAAUCAAUGCCCAAGAGCUGGCGCCCACCUCGGUACAUCGAGGCACUGACAGAUGACGAACGGCAAAAGAUUUGGGAGGAAAUGCACAUUAUUGUGGAAGGCGACGACAUUCCGCCGCCCAUCAAGACCUUCCGCGAAAUGAAGCUUCCCAAGUCCAUCAUCAAGCACCUUGCCAAGCGAGGCAUCAAGGCACCCACGCCUAUUCAAAUUGAAGGCAUCCCCGUUGCAUUGAGUGGCCGAGACAUGAUUGGCAUUGCUUUCACUGGUUCUGGCAAGACGCUCGUCUUCUCCCUCCCGAUCGUCAUGUUCGCUUUGGAGCAGGAGCUGAAGCUUGGGUUUACCAGCGGCGAGGGUCCAUAUGGUCUGAUUCUUGUGCCUUCUCGCGAGUUGGCCAAGCAAACCUACGAUAAUCUUCAAGCGUAUGCAAAGGUGCUUGCCACGGAAGGAUUUCCGCUGUUGCGCGUGGCACUCUGCAUGGGCGGUGUCAAUAUGCGAGAGCAACUGGAUUCGAUGCGCGAUGGCGUGCAUUUGAUGGUUGCGACACCUGGUCGUCUGAUCGACCUGCUGCAAAAAGGAAAGGUGAACUUGGACAUUUGUCGCUAUCUUACACUGGACGAAGCCGAUCGCAUGAUUGAUAUGGGCUUCGAAGAAGACAUGCGAACAAUCUUUUCCUUUUUCAAGGCGCAACGACAAACGCUCCUUUUCUCUGCAACAAUGCCCAAGAAAAUCCAAGACUUUGCCAAGUCUGCGCUGGUGCGACCUGUCAUUGUCAAUGUCGGUCGUGCUGGUGCAGCCAACCUUGACGUCGUGCAAGAUGUGGAGUACGUGAAUGUCGAGGCACGCUUGGUCUAUCUGUUGCAGUGUCUGCAAAAGACUGCGCCGCCAGUCAUCAUCUUUGCCGAGAAGAAGGCCGAUGUCGAUGAAAUUCACGAGUACCUCCUGCUCAAGGGCGUCGAAGCUGUUGCCAUUCAUGGUGGCAAGUCCCAAGAGGAGCGUGAGUGGGCUAUUCGCUCAUUCAAGGACCAUCUGAAGGACGUGCUUGUUGCCACCGACAUUGCUGCCAAGGGUCUUGAUUUCCCCGACAUUCAGCAUGUGAUUAACUUUGACAUGCCUGAAGAGAUUGAAACAUAUGUCCACCGUAUCGGUCGUACAGGUCGCUGUGGCAAAACGGGCACAGCAUCAACUUUUGUCAACAAGACCGUGCCCGAGUCGGUGCUGCUGGACGUCAAACACUUGCUCAUCGAAGCACAUCAGAAGAUUCCGCCCUUCCUGCAACAACUGCAGUCCGAGGCAGAGCAGUACCUGCAUAUUGGAUCAACACGCGGAUGUCAGUUCUGCGGUGGUCUUGGUCACCGUAUCGCGGAAUGCCCCAAGCUCGAGGCCCAGCAAAAGCAGAAAUUGGUCGGAAGCAAAGACUACCUUGGCCGUGGCGGUGGUGGCGAUGGCGGCGGUGGCGGUUAUUAACACCCUUGUGUUCUUGUUCUUGGAGAGCUGUUCAAGCGACAAAUUUUCCGAAAAUACACAAAUGGCCUGCUUCAAUAUCAC